AUGGACUUGUCUGCUCACAGACCUCCCCGCUUCUACGAGAAAGUCAACACUUGCCGCAUUAAUCCUCCAUUUCUAUGGCGAUUCAUCUGCUGUAACCGAGGCUCAGACUCAGACAAGCAACCACAACCUACCGCAACGUCGGCUGUCUUUGUCCAUGCUGCUUGCAUAAAGGAAGCACGUCCCAUACCAAAAGGCAAGACUUGGCUCAACUUCAACACCCGAGGCGUUGCUUUGGGCCAUCCGCGCCCCAAGACGGUAGAAGACUCAAUGGAGAUCAUUUCCCCAGUUUUGAGGGAUGUGAGGACAAAGACGGGCGUUUACCUCUACACCAAACUCCGCCAUGUGAAAACCCUUAGGGCAAAGGCUUUUGGUGCAUUGCCUUCGCCUCGGUCCGUACGAGGGCUACCAACCAGCGCGCUGCCGGAGGAAAAAUAUAAGGUUUUCAAGGAAGCACUGCAAAAGGACCGCCCGCCUAGCUAGUUCCGAGACACAAACCGUCAGUGGCCUAUGCUUAUCGCCAAUGGAAGCGACUGAUGUUUAUUCUCACUUAGCUUCUCUACCAUCUGGACUUCGGGCCAUGCGAACUGAAUGACACUCAACCCAUUUCCACUCUAACAUUUACCUACCAACUCAUUAAAGUGUUCACAGGCUGCUCGCAUUCAACGCCACCGGCGACUCGGACGACUCCGAGUCUCGGGCUCGACUUUUCACAUCUGUAGCCAGAUCUUCCCGUGAUACCUGCACUGAUUAGAUUUACCACACCCAACGUGUACUCUGCUCUUACAGAAUAUUAGAUAGUGUAUGAGCCAAGGGCCCUAUCCAGCAUUAAUAUGGAAGGAGGUCGGUGCUAACGGUCGCCGGUAC